CUUUGAUGCCAGCUUGUUAACUGUGUCCUGGUUCUAUCCACAGUGAAAACACAGGUUGUGAUCAGGACAAAUGGAGACAACAGCAGUGUGUGACAUUGAUGUGGCGACCAGGAGAAUAGUGGGAGGCAGUGAUUCUCCUACCGACCUGGACAGCUCUUGUCAGGAAGAGGUUGCAGCGUAUGAUUUGGGCUUGUGCUGCGCUGAGGAGGAGAGAGGGGAAACUCCAGGCAGAGAGGAUAGUCCCAGUGAUCUGGGGGAGGCAGAUCUUGAUCCUGGAGGAGACCCCAAGAGUGGAGAAGACAAGGCCUUUGGUACAAACACUCUCGUCAUUACAUACUGGAAGGAGGUCGCUCUGUUGAUGCAGGCUCUGAAUUCUCUGGCCACUCCUGAAGAGAAACUGGCUGCUUUGUGCAAGAAAUAUGCCGACCUGCUGGAGGAGAGCCGCUGCAUGCAGAAGCGACUGAAAGCCCUGCAGAAGAAGCAGUCUCAGAUUGUGAAGGAGAAGAUCCACCUGCAAGGGGAGCACAGCAAGGCCAUCCUGGCUCGCAGCAAGCUGGAGAGCUUGUGCAGGGAGCUACAGAGACACAACAAAACUCUGAAGGAUGAGAAUGCUCAGCGGUCCAGGGAGUACGAGGAGCAGCGGAAGGAGGCCAUGCUACACUUCCAGAUGACCUUGAGUGACAUUGAGGUGCAGAUGGAGCAGCACAGCUCCCACAACACCAAACUGAGGCAGGAGAACAUGGAACUGGCAGAGAAGCUGAAAAAGCUCAUCGAGCAGUAUGAGCUCAGAGAGGAGCAUAUAGACAAGGUGUUCAAGCACAAGGAGCUGCAGCAGCAGCUGAUGGAUGCCAAGCUUCAGACCAUCACAGAGAUGAUGAAAGAAGUGGAAGAGAAGCAGCAGAGAGAGAGGGACUUUCUGCUGAAAGAUGCCACUGAGUCCAGACGCAAGUGUGAGCUAAUGAAGGAGCAGGAAACACAACUCAAACAACAGCUCUCCUUGUACAUGGACAAGUUCGAGGAGUUUCAGAGUACUCUUGCUAAAAGCAAUGAGGUCUUCACCACUUUUAGACAAGAGAUGGAAAAGAUGACAAAGAAGAUCAAGAAGUUGGAGAAGGAGACAACACAGUGGAAGAACAAAUGGGAGAGUAACAACCAGGCCCUGCUGCAGAUGGCUGAGGAGAAAACUCUGCGCGAUGGCCACUUCAAGGCCCUGCAGGGGAAGUUGGAGCUGCUGGAGAGGCUGUGCAGAGCGCUGCAGAAGGAGAGGAAUGACCUGAACAAUCGGCUCAGCCUCCUGCAGGAGCAGGGAGACAAAGGGACCACAGCAGCUCCUGAAGACCAGCGACAGGAGCCUUUAGCGGAAGAGCAGGAGGAGGAGGAAGGGGAUGGGGAUGUGGAGGAAAAGGAUGGGGAAAUGGGCUCAACACAGGAGACAGAGGGCAUUCAUCAAGCUCCCAGACCACCUGGACUUGACUACUCUCCGGCUGCUACUGACAAAACCACUACUGCUACAACAAGCAGCCCUCCUGCAGACACACAGGACUGAGCCAACCUAUAUGUGUGUGAGUAUAGAUGAGAAGGGUGUGAUACUAGGGUUCCACACGCCUCCAGCCUAGUUCCAGAACUAGCCAGACAAACCAUCUUCAAUGGAGAUAUAGAUUUCCUCUGUUUUUUAAGUCUACACUUGCCUUUGCAGGUUUCUACACAGAAACUGAACUUAUAUCUUUUUGUGUAAUCAUUUAAGAAGAAUAAAGUGACUUUAUCAAAGAUUCUAUUCUAAGAGCUAGCCCACCUUUAGGUUGGCCGUAAUAAUUGGCUUUGUGGAGAGCACUUUGUACUCCAUUUUCUACCAUAAGUGUAUUUUCAUAAGAAAUAUCCAUGCAAUCUAAUUGAAGCAGUCCGUCUUUAAUUUCGUCAAAUGGCCCAUCCCUGUGAUGUUGCAUCUCAUCAGAAGUUCUCCAGUGAUUCUGUCACAAAUGGGUCCACAUGCUUUUUUUCAUAGGUAAGUGUGUUAGUGUAGCCCACAGUGAGAAUGUGAUCUGAGGAGGAAGCAGGACCUAGUGUAGAGCAAGCACAAUGUAGAGUUGGCUCGUUUGACAUCUUCAUUGUUGAGAUUUUUUUUGUGUGUGUGUGGAUAAGGUGGUAUUUUGGAACCAGAGGUAUCUUGACAAAAUGAAUCUGUAAAUCCAUAUAAAAUGGCUACCUUGACCCACCUGCUACCCAUCAACACCAGGACCAUCACUUUUUUGUUACAGAUUUUCCAAUAUUUUCUGUUUAGUUAUGAGUCUGAAAGCAAAAUUCUAAAGUGCACAAGCGGAACAAGCUGCACAGUGUCACUAUGACCGACACACCCUGUCAUUAUACCAGGCUAAUGUUGCUUUGCUAUCUAAAUGGGAGGGCUAGAGAGCUCUGCACAUAUCUCUCAGAAGACAGUUAUUUCAUUGCACUCAGUUGUUGCUGUGAUUGGAAAUUGAAUUAGUUGUGUAACAAAUGAAAACAGAGAAGUGGAAACCCUGGUUCCUUUUUAUCCCCCCCUGCAACUGCCGAUUACUAAAGGUAAAUGACAGUAUGUCACCACAGUCUAAGGAUGGUUGAUGUAACUUGACCAGGCAGCUACCGUCAUGAUUAAUUUGUAUCUAAUCCCUUUUUGUUGCUACUGGAGGUUGUGUUUUUACCUAGCAACACCAGUCUGUGGUUUACGCAAUAUGCAUCAUCGUAUCAACCAGACUCGGUUAAACCCAUGUUUCCUCACUAGAUUCAAAUCAGCAUCUCCACAGGCCCUUUUCUUUUGAAACUGAUGUCAAUACGAUCCAUCAUGCAGGGUGCACAGAGAACAGCUGAGUCAGGAGUAAACGGCUUCAUAUACCGGCUAAUAACUUCCUGUAAUUGUGUGAAAACUUAAAUCAUGCUGGUACAUCACAAUAAACUGCCUUAUCAACUUUGAAGCCUGAAGGUGGAAGAAAACCUGAUGAUUUGGUUUGAACACUAAGAUUUUGUUAAAUAUCUUACAGAAGCUGUCAAUACUGUUUGAGUGUAGUCCUGAUGUGUAGGAAACAGAUCAUUGGCAGGAUCAGAUGUGUGUAGCAUACAUGAUCUCUGGUUUUCACACUUACUGGAAAUUUUAUUCUCCUUCACUCAGUCCGGGUCAACACUGAUUGCAGCUGCUGUUCCUCAGCAGCUCUGAUAACCUAAAAAACAUCAUUCCUGAUGCACAGCAUCUUGUUAGGCCCUAAGACAAGUUCCAGUUUGUAGAAAUCAUGAGUGAAUCUGAGAAACUAAAGUGCAAUGAUUUUUUCCUUCUCAUGGAGUAAUGUCCUUUCUUAAGUCUGUUUCAGUGUCUGAGUAAGGUCAGCAAGAGUCAGGUUGGGUUGUUUCAAAUAUUUUUCCUUCAUUAUGUACUGAACAGUUGGCCUGUUUAACAUGUCAAUGAAAUGUCCUUGAAGACAUUGCCUUGCUGUUCAGCUGAUUUUCUUACUAAUGUUCUCCCAACGCAUUUACCUUCACAUUUUGUGGACAUGUGAACUCAAAGGCUCGGUUGACGUGUGCGUACUUCUCUGGUAUCAAGUGGUGGACAGUUGUCACACCCCUGAGCAGCAUGUUUCCUCUUUGCCCAGACUGACACUCAGGUAAUGUCAGAAUCUACCUCUGUAGAAAUUGUGAAAGAAGAGGCACGAGUCAGCACCGCUUCAGAGGGCUUUAUUUUUACUGAAAAAGCCCACACCCUCUUUGAUUGUACAAUGUUCUUAAAAUCCUGUCUUUCUUUUCAAUAAACAUUUUGUAGAAUUUG